UCUUAAAAGCGGGACACUAUACCAUGUCACGGACUUUUAGGACAGUCUUGAAAUGACCGAACUACAGUCACUACUUUGAAUUAAUCUCUCACGGACCCGCUCCGCUCCUCCCCAAAGAACCGGAAUCAGCGCCGCGCUCUGGAGGGGUCACGAGACGAGAACCGACGGGCAUGUCGCUUACUUUUGAACAUUUCUGUCGUGUGCAUAGAUAGUAUUUGCGAGGAAAAGCGUGAGUUAGGGAAUGUUUUGUGCCGCUGGGUGUGUUCCAAAACUUUUGAGUAAUUUUUAAGUGUCUCGCCAUGAAGUGCUCAUUGUCCAGCAACGAUUUACGAUGUCAAAGAAAAUCGACAUGAAAUAGCCUAUUCAUAACACUGUGCAGUCUAGGCUGUAAUGGGUUCGUCUUUGUGAUUAGUGCUGCUGAUAUUAAAUUAUAAACAUUAAUAGCAUGCAGUCGCACCUUUAUGAUCAACAAUCUGAGGCGUUUCAAGAGAUUAGUAAGCGACUGUACGGCACUUUUGUUCACUUGUUUUGCAGGUUGUUAGAAUGAGCUUGUUAUAGUGAUUAAAUUGCUGUUAUCAUCACCAGUAUUUGAGUUUAAAGUUGGCUAUUUGUAAUUAAAAUAGGCUAUUGUUUUCAUCUUUCUAAUGAUUACUACAAUAAUGUUUUUUUAUUGUUUGGACAUUUGUGGUGUGAUAGAGUGCGUUUUGCUGUAGGCUGUACGGUGCAUCAAUUUAUAAUGUUGGGUAGUCCGUCAAAUAACGGAGGCAUUAGAAUGCUGGUUCCCCCAGCAUCCAAUGACGACCGGCGGGUUGAGUUCGUGGCCCUCACCGCUGUUCACACUGAAAGAAGCGAACCUUCAAGUCCAGAACGCGGACACCCUUCUCACCGCACCGGCUUACUGGGCACACCUCUGCCGGUGCCACCGGGACCAAGGGCGAUCCCUUCUGCCUCCAGCAAGCGCUACAGAAAGUUACAAAACUGCCUGUACAACGUGCUCGAGAGACCCAGAGGAUGGGCAUUUAUCUAUCACGCCUUCAUUUUUCUCCUGGUGUUAAGCUGUCUGGUCCUUUCUGUUUUCUCCACCAUUCCAGAUCACCAAACAGUCGCCAAUGAGGGGCUCUUUCUUCUGGAGUUUGUGAUGAUUGUGGUUUUUGGGCUGGAGUAUUUUGUGAGGAUCUGGGCCGCUGGAUGUUGCUGCAGGUACCGAGGAUGGCAGGGGCGAUUACGCUUCGCCAGGAAGCCCUUCUGUGUUAUAGACUUCAUUGUCUUUGUGGCAUCGCUGGCAGUGAUAGCAGCGGGCACACAGGGAAACAUCUUUGCCACAUCUGCUCUUCGCAGCAUGCGUUUUCUGCAGAUCUUGCGUAUGGUGCGCAUGGAUCGUAGAGGAGGCACCUGGAAGUUACUGGGUUCCGUAGUGUAUGCUCACAGCAAGGAGCUUAUCACAGCCUGGUACAUCGGCUUCCUGGUGCUGAUCUUUGCCUCAUUCUUGGUUUAUUUGGCUGAGAAGGACAACAAUCAGGAUUUUAACACUUAUGCUGACUCCCUCUGGUGGGGAACAAUAACCCUCACUACAAUCGGCUACGGUGACAAGACUCCACACACCUGGCAAGGUCGGCUUUUAGCAGCUUGCUUUGCCCUGCUGGGAGUGUCCUUCUUUGCCCUGCCUGCUGGCAUUCUGGGUUCAGGUUUUGCUCUGAAAGUUCAGGAGCAGCACAGACAGAAGCACUUUGAGAAGAGGAGAACUCCUGCUGCCAACCUCAUACAGGCUGCAUGGCGUCUCUACUCUACAGACGCACAGCACUCAUAUCUCACAGCUACCUGGUAUUUCUAUGACAGUAUGCUGCCGUCCUUCAGAGAACUGACAUUACUGUUCAGUCACCUGCAACGGCCGCGUAGCACCAAGAAGGUUCUGCACAACUCCUACCACACCUUGCUGUCGGGGCUCCGGCCGUAUAGCUCCCCCUACCUGUCGGGGGACAGUGGCAAAAUGGGAUUCCGCGACCGCAUUAGGAUGAACAAUUCACGUUCUUCUCAGGCUAUCCGGAGCAAGGCUUCUCCUUUGCCCCCAGGGAAUGUACGCCGCUCACCCAGCACAGAGAAUGUUCCAGAAGCCACUAGCCCUGGCAAGGUCCAGAAAAGCUGGAGCUUCAACGAUCGAACUCGAUUUCGUACCUCUCUCCGCCUAAAACCACGGCCUGCUGCAGAUGUGUAUGGAGUGGGAGAAGAGAACACAGAGGACAAAUCUUACUGUGAUGUUGCCAUGGAAGAUGUGAUACCAGCAGUGAAGACCCUAAUUCGAGCCGUUAGGAUUCUUAAAUUCCUGGUGGCCAAGAGAAAGUUUAAAGAAACCCUGCGGCCAUAUGAUGUAAAGGAUGUGAUUGAGCAGUAUUCAGCUGGACACCUUGACAUGCUUGGCAGAAUCAAAAGCCUGCAGAUGAGGGUGGAUCAGAUUGUAGGCCGUGGUGCCAUUCCAUCAGAUAAAAAGAUGAGGUCUGAAAAAGGAGAGAAAACUCCUCCUGAACUGGAACACAUGGAUGAAUUAAGCAUGAUGGGGCGUGUAGUUAAGGUCGAGAAGCAGGUGCAGUCCAUUGAAAACAAGCUGGACCUGCUGCUGAACUUCUAUUCCCAGUGCCUGAAAAAGGGCUCGUCUCAUUUUACCCUGUCCUCUUUGUUUGAACCUGACUCAACCUCGGACUACCACAGUCCCACUGAUCAGCGCGAUCUUUUCCCCUCUGCAAACACCCUCAAUAUCUCCCACUCAGACAGUGGCAACAUGGAAUGACCCACAUGGGGCGACUGAAGAACUGAGGUCACCCAGCAGCCCCAGGCUGACUGUAGCAUCAGGGCACUCAUCCAAAGGCUAAAUACCUCCCUACAAUAUCCCAGCACUAAAAUACUGCUGCACCCUUGCAUGGGUUCUUCCUUUGAACAGUAGAUGGUGGCAUCUUGCUUCCUCUGCUAGACUAUGCCUUGCAAACACCCUGGUAUUUCACAAUGUCUGUUUUUCUGUUUGUUUGCCCCUAGUUAUGGUAAAACCAAAUCCUUUUUCUUUUCCAGUCAACUAUCAUGCAACUGUGCCUGUUUGCAUUUCUUUUAUCAGGAACAUUUUGUCUGAGAAGUAUUGUUUCAUUGAGGUUUACUCUGCUUUCUGUGUUGACCAUUUGGAGUCACUCCAGUAGAUGGCAAAAUUUAGUUUGCUAAACUACUGACUACCAACUCUUAUUCAGUCUUCCAGAACAUGUUGGUACAAAUCACUGUCAUUGAUCCAAAACUGUCUCCACUUUUUGAUUGAAUAUGUCAAUUGUUGUACAUUAAUUAAUUUUUUCAUUCAUGUUAUUAAUUUCUGGAACUCUUGGUACCAAACAUUGUUUCUUGGUUUUGUUUUGUCAUGGGUUUUUGAUAAUCAAUAGGCUCCAAGAGCAAUUCUAUUUUUCUGUCUUUUUUUCUAACAAAUCAGGGCAUUGUGAAUCUGAACUGAAUAGGAUUUUGGACUCUCCUUCUUGGCCUUGGCCUUACACUUUGACCUGAUGCAAUAGACUCCUUGUGCCACAAGAAUUUGCUGAGCUUCAAAUGAAUGUACUUCAUUCAGUACUCUUACCUUGUCUGUUUGUCAUUACCAUUGUCCUUCAAGAGAAUGGCCUCAGAGACAAGAGGACAGCAUGAUGAACUCUGUGACCAAGGGAUAUUGGAUGGCAUCUCCAGGAAAGCAUAAUCGCCUGUUAUUUUGUUCUUUGCAUGAAUCAUCAGCUCUCACUUCUUGGCACUUCAGACAAUAAGAAACAUGCCACAAAUGGGUUCAUGUAAGGGCCUGAGGUUUCCCUCCCAUAUUUUGGCAAACUCUUGGAAGCUUGUUGGGUUACUCUUUUCUGCCACAGCAUUAUGAAAGCCAUACUUGCAAAAAACACAAAAAAACUAAAUAAAAUUAUUCUUUAAUGAAAUAAUCAGCAUUAAAGUGCAUGUUAGAAUGAGGCAGUGCUUUGAUUAGUCAAGUUUGUUUUAAGUUAGUGGGAUUAGUUAUAGGGGCUGUUCAUACGCCCCUCUCUGCCUUGAAGCCCAUAUCCUCAAUCUGCAUGUGCGUCAGAACUCCAACAAUCAGAGGGCCACUGUUCGGAAGUCUAUAUUGCUCUCCUCCCUGUAUGCAACUCUCAAAUAGUUGAGAUUAGAUUGAGAUUUAAAACUGAGGUCUUACACCAGACUUUUAACCUUGCUAUGACCUGAAAAUGAAUGUCUUGCUUUUGCUCCUUUUUUCCAUCCCUGAGAAAUCAAUAGGUCAAAGGUCUGGCACGAUGAAAUACUUAUGCAUUUUUGAUCAUUCGAUAAAAAAGUAAUUCUCAUGUUCUCUCACACAUGCCAAUAAAGGGAUAGUUCACCCAAAAUUGAAAAUUCUGUUAUGAUUUACUCAUCCUGAUGUUGUUUCUUUACUGUGAAUGUUGACUGAGGCUAAUGUUCUGCCUAACAUAUCUUUUUGUGUCCCACGGAUAAAAAAUAUUAAAAUUAAUAUGGGAGUGGAUCAACAUGGGUAAGGAAAUGAUGACAGUAUUUUAAUUUAUGGGUGAACUGUUUCUUUAACCUCAGCCAUGUACAGACUCAAAAGAAUUUGGGAGGACUGAUAGAACAGAGAUAUAUCUCAGUCAUUCAGAAAGGCAGGGGCAAAGUUUCCAAGGGGAAGGGGGGAGGUAACUCCCCCAAUAAUCAAAACAAGCAAGUACAACCCCAGAUAUUUAAACCAUGAUCAAUGGAAACACGUAAAUGCUUUAUGUAGCAACCCCGCCAAUGUUCAAUCAAAAUCUACAAUCUUGCAGUAAAGUAGUCUGAGUGCAUGAGCUCCAUAUUAGUGUCUAUGCAUGCAGUUAUGGAAAGGUUCCAGCUUUAUACAAAGUGCUGCAGCCAGCUCUGGUAACAGACAGCAUGGAGGGGGUGUAGGGAUUACAGCACUCCUCUGACUUACUGACAUGCAGUAGCUAGAUCCCAUGUGUUUACGGUACUAUGGUGGACCUAAGAGAUUGUUUAGGACACUUGUCAUGGCAUUAAUGCAUCAUUUAAAUGGACAAAACUGGAGUACAGAAUUCAAAUAGAAUUUUCUACAUUACCUCCUUUGCACCUUCACAGAUUUAAGUAUGUAUAUGCUUUUGAAAAAUCGAAUCUACUGUAACAAUUUUUCAAUCUCUCUUGCCUUCUGUCAACUAUUGCAAUGUUAUCUUAGGUUUACUUUUAUGUAUUUUCUUCAGUGUUUCUUAUUUCCUCUACACAUUCUCUUUUCUGGCCCUUUAAACAGAACACUGAAACUUUUUAUGCAUUAGUAAAAAAAUAAUUUUUUUCACUAACUGACAUGAUUGGUAACUGCUAAUGUGAGAGAUAACUUGAUCUAUAAUAUGUAUGUUUAACUCUGACAUGAUUGUAAAAAGAAAAU